AUGAGAGAUUCCAGGUCGGCAGACGAAGAGCCGCCACCGGUCUUCCGGAAUAAAGCGAAGAAGAAAGGCGGGAAGAAGAAGAAUCAGCAGAAGACUGAGGCAGAGACUCCCGCUCCAAAAACAAUUCGGUUGGAUGUGAUUCCACAAUAUAAAUCGGGUCUCUAUAAAAAUGUAUAUUGGAUGCAUCCCAAUAUGGCUAUAACUCGAGAAUCGCGAGAAAAGGAGGAGUUUGUGGGUGAAGUUGCAUUCUAUCAGGGACUCAACACAAAUGUCAUUGUCAACUUUUUCACAGGUCUUGAUUAUUCAGAACAUUCGAAACUCCGCUUCUCCCACACUGCUCACACUCCCCCUGUGAUUGUUCGUGCAGCAUCAUCCACAUCCUCCGCCUCAUCAUCCACCUCCUAUUCAAAACCGACAACGGACUACUUGCAGAAGAACAUGGACACUUUAGUGAAGAAAUUGGAUCUUCUUGCGUUCAAACAAGCCAUUCUGGAAUCGAGGCCCAGUGACUGA